AUGUAUCACAACAAUUCUAUCAGGAUCCUCACUGGGAAUAGCCACCCAGAGCUCGCCCAUGCUGUCGCUGAGCGGCUUAACGUUCCUCUCGUUCCCUGUACCGUCAAGAAAUUCUCCAACGGUGAAAUCAAUCUCAAAAUAUCAGAGUCCGUCCGGGAUGAAGAUGUCUUCAUCAUCCAAUCUGGCUCCAGCGAUGUCAACGAUAAUCUCAUGGAACUCCUCAUUCUUAUUUCGGCGUGCAAGACUGCAUCGGCGAGACGGAUCACCGCCGUAAUACCUUGCUUCCCAUAUGCUCGCAUGGACAGGAAAGACAGGUCGCGUGCCCCCAUCACUGCCAAGCUGGUGGCAAACAUGCUUACUGUGGCCGGAUGCGAUCAUGUCAUUACUAUGGACCUUCACGCCAGCCAGAUCCAGGGAUUCUUUGAUAUACCGGUCGACAACUUAUGGUCGGAGCCGCUAAUGCUGGCAUACAUCAAGCGUCAAAUCGAAGGAUACAAGGACGGAAUUAUCGUUAGUCCGGAUGCCGGUGGGGCUAAGCGAACUACGGCCAUAGCAGACAAGCUAGGGGUUGAGUUUGCCCUUAUCCACAGGAAACGAGGAGGGAAAGGAGCGGAUGCACCGGAACAGAUGGAGAUUCUAGUUGGAGACGUCAAAGACAAGGUCGCCAUUCUUGUCGAUGACAUGAUUGACACCGGAAAGACACUCACUCUAGCGGCCAAAACACUACAGGAGAAGGGGGCAAGAUCCGUGCAUGCGCUUGUUUCACACGGCCUCUUCUCAGAAACGAACAUGAGUCUUAUAGACCAAUUACCCAUAGAACAGCUUGUGGUCACGAAUACUAUCCCUCAAAAACAGCAUCAAAUCACCGUUGAUAUCAGUCCAAUGUUAGCCGAAAGCAUUCGCCGGACCCACAAUGGCGAGAGUAUCAGUUUGCUAUUUGGAGAGUGGUCGGAAACGGGUGCGGCUUCCGUGGUAUGA